AUGACAGCCCAGGGUGACCUGUCACCGGACAACAAGAGUCAGGUGAAAUCGAGGACGGCGUCCUCUGUGCAUGAUGUAAAAGCAGAAAACCCGCCAUUCGGCUCGAGAUUUCUCACAGAUGAUGCCGAUGUGUGGAGUCAAAAUGCGUGGGAUCAUGUUCCCCCUCCUAAUGACCAAGGCGAAAUCAUCGCCUCGGCUCUCGCAAAACAAAGGAACGCACCUGUCCCAGAGAAUGAGAAACAAAAGUACUACGAGAAGCCUGCUCGACAUUGGGACAAUUUCUACAAAAUGAAUUCUAGUAACUUCUUCCGCGACAGAAAAUGGUACCUCAGGCUUCAUCUCGAGUUCCCGGAACUGGUGGAAGCUGCCGAACCAGAGGCAGGAGCAGUGACAAUUGCGGAAAUUGGCUGCGGCGCCGGAAACGCUGUGUUUCCUCUGUUGUCUGCGAACAAGAACCCGCAGCUGUCAUUGCGGGCUUAUGACUAUUCGUCACAUGCGAUCAAAUUAGUCCAGACAAAUCCGUUAUACGCAGCACCUCCUGUCGGCUCCAUCCACGCUGCCGUUUGGGACCUCACAUCUUCCGAACUACCCCCUGGAACUGAUGUAGAAAGCGUAGACAUAAUCGUCUUGAUUUUUGUGUUUAGUGCUCUACAACCUGCCGAGUGGCGAAAGGCCGUCACAAAUAUUCAUAAGAUACUGAAACCUGGAGGGCUGCUACUUUUCAGGGACUAUGGACGACAUGAUCUCGCUCAAUUACGCUUCAAAAGUGGCAGAUUGCUGGAGGACAACUUCUACAUCCGUGGGGAUAAGACAAGAGUGUAUUUCUUCGAGUUAGACGAGCUAGCCUUGCUGUUCACAGGAGCGCCGGCUCCUGCCGCAUCAAGAUCGGAGAAGGAGGUUACGAUCGUAGAGGAGACCGACGAAGGCGCCGCGGAACGUUCGCAGUCUUCAGCCCAAAUCCAGCGCCUUUCUUCUGCGUCCCCCGCGCCGUCACCCGACGAUUCAGGCGCGGCUGUUCCGACUCUCGACAUAAAAGAGACAUUGCUGUCCCCUUCCCCUACUUCCACGCAGAUACAUCCAUCUCUUCUUGAAUCGUUCUCCCCGGGCAUAGGACUAGCCCAUCCCCUAUUCGCCAUCCAACAGCUGGGUGUCGAUCGCCGCUUGAUUGUGAACCGGAAGAGACAGCUCAAGAUGUAUAGGGUGUGGAUGCAGGCAAAACUCCGGAAACUCGUGCCGUCGGGUCAAGCGUAG